UCACCUGGGCACCAUGGAGACCCAGAGGGCCAGCCUGUGCCUGGGGCGCUGGUCACUGUGGCUUCUGCUGCUGGGACUCGUGGUGCCCUCGGCCAGCGCCCAGGCCCUCAGCUACAGGGAGGCCGUGCUUCGAGCCGUGGAUCGCCUCAACGAGCAGUCCUCGGAAGCUAAUCUCUACCGCCUCCUGGAGCUGGACCAGCCGCCCAAGGCCGACGAGGACCCGGGCACCCCGAAACCUGUGAGCUUCACGGUGAAGGAGACUGUGUGUCCCAGGCCGACCCGGCGGCCCCCGGAGCUGUGUGACUUCAAGGAGAAUGGGCGGGUGAAGCAGUGUGUGGGGACAGUCACCUUGAAAGAGAUCAGAGGCAACUUUGACAUAACCUGUAAUCAGCUUCAGAGUGUCAGGAUUAUAGACCUGCUGUGGAGAGUACGUCGGCCACAGAAACCCAAAUUUGUGACUGUAUGGGUCAGAUAAUUAGUGCAUGAAGGAAUUUCAUUCUUCAAGACACAGGGAAGAGUUCUAAAAGUUCUGCUUAUUCUACCACAAGCUUCAGGACUGGAAAAAUAAAUUCUUGUGAAAGC